AUGUCCUACGAAAAAACAGACGCAACCUGCGUCCGCGAAGAACUCACCAAAACCGGCGCCCAGAGCUGGGGCUUCUUCAUCUACCGCACCUGCUCCUACGAUGACGAAGCUAGAUGGGAGCAAUUCCUCUCGCGCAUGAAAGGCUUCGCGGAGAAAACUCUCCUCAGCGCGCGGGAACGCGGCCGCGAUGGGGAAGCAAUUCUCCCCCAGCUUGAGUGGAAUGUGCAGCAGGAUCCUGCGCUGGAGAAUUGUUCCAAGGAGGAAAUCUCGCGACGGCAUCGGGAGUUGAUGAGAUCUAUGUAUGGGGAGUACCAGCCCGGAGAUGUCCGGCAUGGGUAUCCGCUUGUGGUUGAUCAGGAAGCGCUGGAGUCGGUUCUGGGGGGCCCGGCGCCGAGUGAAUGGCGGGCGGCUGAUUAUCGGACUUCUACUACGUAUGUUAUUGUGUUGAAUAUGAGCUGGUUUGAUCAGAUGGAGGAGAGGAGGCUUCGUCGGGAGGGGAUGGGGCGACGUGGAGGGGAUGGGCCUAAUGAGGAAGACGACGAGAAUGAUGGGCUGGAUGAGAGUGUUGGGUGGAAGAAGGUGUUGGUGGUCAAGGUGUAUCCCAGACUCUAUUCGUUUCUGCUGACUCCGCUGUGGCAUAUCAUGUAUGCUGAACCCCCUGAGAUUGAGCGUUUGCCUUGA